AAUCAGUUGCCCCGAGCAAAUCGUCAUUGGGGUCCAGUGUGUCCUUUUCGUCCUCCCCGUGAUCUUUUGCAAAAGGGAUUUGUGUUCGGAAGCGUCCAUUCCCUCUGCAGCAACGGGAUAUCUCAUGAUGGCUGUGCCAUAGGAGAUUGUGACCUUUAUUUCUCAUGUGGGCAUACAUAUCUCGAGCCCGAUUCCUGCGUUAUUCAACAUUUCCGCCGACAAACCACUCGCUCGCCCUAAGAACACUGCGAACAAUGUCAUCUUCCAAUCCUACAAGGCCAAUGAACCCAAUGAAAUGGUUCUUGUGCUGUUUCGACGACAACGAUGAAGAUGAGCAGCCACAACAAACUCCCCAGACACGCCAGGCUCCGAGGACACGAUGGGACGCUGCACCGCCGGUCGAUCCUGAGCUGGAGGAGCCGCCGCCGCCUCCACCCUAUGCGCUCUUCGACCCUCACCCCGAAGACUGCGAGUGCGCGAUCCAUAUCCACAAGCCCAGACCCAACCGGCCCAUCGUGGUCGAGGCCUUCCAGUCCCAAGGAUGCAACUCGUGUCCCCCGACGAACACUCUCCUCCUGUCGCUCCUGACCUUGGCCGACCCCAACAUCCUCGUCCUCGACUACCACGUCACGUACUGGGACCACCUGGGCUGGACGGACCCCCUUGGCAUCCCCGAGGCGGACGCGCACCAGCGGGAAUACGCGCAGGCGAGCGGCACAUCGAGAGUCUACACCCCUCAGGUGGUGGUGAACGGCGUGUCCGAAGGGGUGGGCAACUCGACGCGCAAGCUGGAGAAGCUGAUCAAGGAAGGCGGGCGGCUGGCCAGCGAAGACUGGCCGUGGCUGCUGUUCUCCAAGGUCGACGAGGGCAUCUUGAUCCGCGAGGCCAGCGCGGCCGCCGCGGCGACGGGCCGACGGGGGCGGGUGAUCGAGGUCGUCUACGAUCCCACUCUGCGCGAGGUAGAGAUCCCCCGGGGCGAAAACGCCGGCAAGACGCUGGCGCAUCGCAACGUCGUCAAGAGCGUCAAGCCGCUCGGUGAGUGGCGGGGCGGGAGAGGGGUGGUCCAGCUGCCGCCACGCGAUCCUGCGGACGGGCUGGAGAGGGUGCUGAUUGUACAAGAAGGAGUCGGUGGCCAGAUCAUUGGAGUCGCUCGGAUCCAUUUCUAGGGAUGUCAAUGGAACCCCCCCCCUACCAGCCAAAAAAGCGUUGCUGAAUCACAGCCGCGAUCGGCUCAUGAGGCACAGCAUGCCGGAAGGGGAUUUAUACAGAUUAUUGCAUUUCGUAAUGAAAAUUUGAGAAUCUCAGCGGUGUUGGGAUAGGCUUGUUUGUCUUGG